ACUCAAGCACUCAUAUAAUGUUUUCUAUAAAAGAUUCACCCUGUUGAUUCGCCAAUCAUUCAGCUGCGCUGGUCAAGUCAAAAACAAAUUCAAAAAAUGUCUAGUAUAAUACUUUGCUUUUUUUCUGUUUUUGCAAUUUUAUCCACAUCCAAGGCCGCCUUACAAGAUGACGUCACAGCAUACCUCACACCUUGGAUGGACGCAGCUUACAAAAGUACUCCUCUGCUCAAUUUGAUCUUAGACGAAGUAGUAUUCCUACAAAGGAACACCAUGGGUAUGGAUCCUCAAAUAUUGAGUGGAUUGUACCAAACCGCCGAUCAACAACUGGUCAACAUGGAAGGAAGCUUAAAUACAGAUGAUGCCAGAAAAUGCGUUCAAGGCUUUAGAAUCAUACUCAAAAUUACCACCAACGCAUUCCAAUCGGAUGGCCGUUGCUUCAAAAUCCAGCAGGAUAAAGCCGAACAAGCUAUUAUGCCAUUGUUUGACACUCUUUUCCCAGCAGCACCAACUGCAGCUUGCCCAAUUCCGAUGCUGUGCAAGUUCGACUUGUUCAGCUUCAACCCAAAAAAUAUCAGAGAGCUAAUGGGAGCAUUGAAAGAUUUACACAAACAUGGCCUCAAACUCAUCAAGUUCAUCGUUUACUUCAAGAAGGACAUCACCAGCUGCAGAAAUGACCCUGAAGCCUAUAAGUCCAUCUCUAGCAAUAUUCUGAAAAUGGCUCCAAUUUGUCAAAAAUUGUAAAGAGUGAAAACAUGUUCUUAGAAUUGUUCUAUUAAAGGAAUUUCAAUUCGAA